AAUAUGAUUGAUAAAGCACUUGAUGACAACAUAUCUGAAAAUGAUGAAGAGGAAAGUUUCUUUCAAGACGUAGACAUUUUACAAAAACAUGGAAUAAAUGUAGCCGAUAUAAAAAAAUUAAAGAGUGCAGGUAUUUGCACGAUAAAAGGCAUUCAAAUGUCUACAAAAAAGAAAUUGUGUAAUAUAAAAGGUUUUUCCGAAACAAAAGUUGAAAAAAUAAAAGAAGCAUGUUUAAAAGUCGUAACUCUUGGAUUUAUGACAGCCUUGGAAGUUAGUGACCGACGAAAACAAGUUUUUAAAAUCAGCACCGGAAGCAAUGAAUUAGACAAAUUGUUGGCUGGCGGAAUUGAAUCUAUGGCGAUUACCGAAGUUUUUGGUGAAUUUCGCACUGGAAAAACACAAUUGUCUCAUACUCUAUGCGUUACAACACAAAUACCAAACUCCUUUGGUUACCAUGGCGGGAAAGUAAUGUUUUUAGAUACAGAACAUACCUUUCGCCCAGAUCGGUUAAGGCCUAUCGCAGAUAGGUUUAACUUGGAUCAAAAUGGAGUUUUGGAUAACGUGUUAUACGCAAGAGCAUAUACCUCGGAGCAUCAGGCCGAGUUAUUAGAUUUUGUAGCUGCUAAAUUUCAUGAAGAGGCCGGGGUUUUCAAACUUCUUAUAAUAGACUCUAUUAUGGCUUUAUUUCGAGUUGAUUUCUCUGGCCGCGGUGAAUUAGCAGACAGACAACAAAAAUUGGCUCAAGUGCUUUCAAGGUUGCAAAAGAUAUCCGAAGAAUAUAACGUAGCAGUUUUUAUAACAAAUCAAAUGACGGCUGAUCCAGGGGCUACUUUAUCUUUUCAAGUAGAUCCCAAAAAACCUAUCGGUGGAAACAUUUUAGCCCAUGCCUCUACAACAAGAAUAGCCCUUAGAAAAGGCCGCGGUGAAAAUCGAAUCGCAAAAAUUUAUGAUUCCCCAGAUUUACCAGAAAGUGAAGCUACUUUUGCAAUAACGAGUGGUGGUGUAGCUGAUGCUAAAGAUUAA